GCUCAGAUGGGUCUCAUAUUUCUGAAAAUAUCACCAAUCAUAUUAUAAAAUACUUUGAAUUAAAAAUAGACAGAAAAAAGAUUUAUAGACUAAUAGGUGCUGUAGAAGAAAAACAAUUUAUUGAGACCUUUUUUGAUAUAUCUGUUACUAUAGAUAUUGGCAAUAAUACCUUAACAAUUUCUUCAGUUUUACUAACAAAAAAAGAUAAUAAUG